AUGAAGCCUUCAACCUUGCUCUACGCUUUGGGCCUUGGACAGCUGUGCUUGGCCGCUCCCGUCCCAGCAACCAUUCCAGAUCUUGUUUCCCACGUCCAGAUCGAGGCACGUCGUCUCACAAAGAUCGCCCGUGUGUCUACGUACUCUACAACACCACCAGUCUCUACCGUUAAGGAAGUCAGGGACUCUGAGCAACAAAGGAUCGAAUUCGAAUUCAACAACCGUCCAGUAUCGCCAUCCGAAGACACGCCCCCGUCACUUGUUCUGGCCGCGCCUCGGCCACUGAAGACCAGCUACCUUCAAUCACUAGCUAAGCACCCGGGAUCAGGAAAGGACAGAGUGGUGGACGUGGUGGGUGACGGCACUCCUGAGACGAUCGAGCCCAUGACUCUCGAAGAGGGUCUGGCAAGGUUGCUGCCGUCACGCCUGGGCUGCUGGAAGCACGUUCAGGUCCCUACGCCUGUCAUGUCUCUCUUUGAGCAGCACCCCGACCUGAUUGUCCUCGGGGCCCUGCUUGCUCUGGUCGUUGUUCUCCUCGUGCUAGAGACCGUUGGCACCACCGUUCAAGGGGUCCGCAAGCACUACGAUCCCAAGGGGGAGAUCCGCUUGGAGGGAGACGAAAAGCCUUGCAAGUCGCCGUCGUUCCGGUGUGACUCGGUGCCCUACGAUGAUGAGCUUGAGGUUGAAGAUGCAAGAUCAUGA